ACCCAGCUAACACGCAGUAUAGAUGCUGCUCCUGAAGAUUUCAAUUUGAAUUAUGUUGCUUUGUAUCACCAGUUACACGGACUCAAGGUAUCUGUUGAUGGGGCACAGAAUCUUCCAUGGUCAAGUUUUACCUUUGCGACGUACUGUCUGUCACCCCCAGGAUCUUUCUAUAAGGGUGACCAAUCAGAUCCAUUAACCUAUUCAAGUCAACUAGUUUAUUCUAGUGAUGUGAGUUCACCCGUAUGGCUUGAUGGGAUGAAAGCUUUUCCUCGUCGCUUAUACCAUCAAUUCCUAGUACUCGUCGUACAUCUGCACGAGGUAACAGUUGACUUUUCCCAACACCAAGAGGUUUAUGGUCUGAAGGGACAGGCUUGGACGGUUAUACAAGUGUUCAAUGAAGGAUACGUCUUGAAUGGAUCUUAUCAGCUGCCGCUUUACCAAGGAGAACCUUCUGAGUCCAUACUGGAUGCUUUACAAAAUGAUUAUUGUCACGAUGUUAUGGCUGCUUUCCGUCGAAACCAAAAGAUAAAAUUCCUUGAAGGAGCGUCAGUCUUUCUUCGCCUGUCAGACUCGCGGAGAGAAGAGGAGCUUCCCAAACCAAUGUCGCAAGUUAUACAAGACUACAUCCCCAAGGAAAGACUCGAUAGAUACACAGUGUUAAAUCCAUCAAAUCCAUUAUCUUCCAUUUUGCCUGCCGGGGUCGAUGAAGACGAGUUUUGUUAUAGUCUGCCUGACAAGUUUAAAGAGAUGAUGAAACACAUCUUUGCGAAAACGGUUUCAGAACCCAGUCAAAACCAAACAUAGAUUGGUUAAAAGCUACGAUGGUACAGUGACACAAUAGAUGACUUCUCUUAUCAAGCUGAAACAGCCUAAAAGACUUGCACUGGCCUCUUUUUGGCCCUUUUGGCCCCUUUCAAUACUACGAGGUAUCUUUGAUGUGAGACUAACAGGAAAAUGCAAAAGAAGUCGACCUUUUUCUUUAUUGAAUUUGUGGCAUUUCUUUUGUAUUGUCUUUUUAAAUUGCCACCAAAGUCGCAUCAAAGUUAAAAGUAAAAGGGGUUUUAAUAUAACAUUCUUAUGUUGUAACGUAACUAGUACACAUUGCAUCCAACGAUUUUUUCCAUUCAUGGAGAGUCGGUUAAAUAAUUUAGAUAGUAAAACUUGAAUUAAUUCUUGGUAAAACUUCGAACUGGAAUUCAGUUGAAAUGGUUGCCGAAUACUAAUAUAUUUUUAUGACAUUAACCUGAAAGUAUGUGUAUGAAGGGAAUGUGUGCAGAGACAGGGAAUUCCAGGUAAAAACUCACGACCUUUCGUGUUCUAGUCGGACGCUUUAACCACUGAGCUACUGGGAACUCGAAUGGUGAGCAAGACAAAUGGACUGCAUCGUGCAGUCACUGUAAUGCGAACGCACUAAAUUAAUUGUAUCGCGCUGUCACGUAAGACAAAGUCUCUAAUAAUAAUUGUGAGUAUGAAGGAAAUGUGUGCGGAAGCAGGAAACCCAAAAAAAUAUCCAGAUGGGAACCUGAAAGAAAGAAAACAAAAUCUUUUAAAACGUGCAAUGUAAAUAACUGUAGAAACUUCGACCAUAUGUAGUAGCGAAAUGGACUUUUUCGACAAUGCGGCGGCCAUCUUGGAUCGCAAAGCAUUAUUGAUCGUACAGGGAACAAAUAUACAAAGCUGUGUUACAGCAAUGACGUCGAUUGACAUUUCACAUAAUUUGAAAAAGUUGAAUCAAAAAAUAGUCAGUUCCGCACUGACUGAUUUCUCAAAGAUAGUGGAGUCGUAAUUUCAGCAUCUUUGGAUUUUUUUUCGAGUGACCCAUAAUGCGUUGCGAUUCAAGAUGGCCGCUGCAUCGUCGAACUAGCCGUGGAGCUACAACAUUGAAUUAUUUGUCUCGGUAUAAUAAUAUAUUAUAAUUUAUUUAUAUUUAAUACGCAAAUUUUCUCUGGUGUAUUUGUUUUUGUGUCAUGAAUGUUCUGGUUGAGUGAUAGCAAAUAUUGGUCACUAAAUAGUACUAUUUGUCAGUAUCAACUUUGUUUUUAUUUCAUGGUUUUACUGCAUGCGCUCUACCACAGAGGAAACUAAUGGUAGGCAAGAUAAUGGAAGAGAAAUAAUGGAAGAUUUCACAUGUAA